AUGUACAAUGACAAGGAUCAGAACAAGCGUCAAGAGGAACAAAAUGGAGAAAGCAGUAGUGCUUCAUCAUCAUUACAGAAUCAUCAGCACAAUACGGCACCUUCCAAUCUAACCAGCCUGUUCGAUCCUCCUUCCCCUUCUGCUACUAGGAAAGGGAAAAAGGAUGAAGAUAACAAUGGGACUGCUGCUGGGUCAUCACUGCAAAGUAUGUUUGCACCGCCGCCGGGAACAACAACAACGGAUGUCAUUUUCACUUCGGAAGCACUACGAACAUCACCGCCCUCAUCCUCUACGAAAAGCAUCUACUCGGAGCGUACGGAUGCCUAUGCCAAAACACCACCCGUAUCUCAUUUGAAACCAACCUUAUUUCAGGAACCACCCAUCGGUCAUCAUCAUCAUCAUCAUCAGAAUGACAAGACACCAGUAUCAUCCGGAUCUCAGUUGAAUUCAGUGAUUCUACCACCAUUGGUAUUGCCGGAUACGACACCAUCAUCCCCGACAUCACAGCUGAGUUCACUAUUUGAGACACCUGUGAAAACGAACAAACCUGUCAAGGUAGAACCCAUCGCAUCAUCAACAACAAUAUCUCCGUUGAAUUCCUUGUUUCAGCCACCAUUGCCAUCCGCAAAGCAGAAGGGGGGACCAAGAAGAAUAUUGAACAACGAGACUACAGCUCUAUUGUCGGGACGAGACCAUGAUUCCAAUGGGUAUUAUAAAAGCAACUCGCGGAUAGACGAAGGGGAAGAGGAAGAUGAAAUCACCCAGUCGUCUGCCAGGGAUGAUGAUCCAGCACUACUACUUGCCACUACAUCAAAGCGAAAACGAAGAAUACCCGAUUGCGGACUUGGUCAUCCUCCCACCUAUGCCGGUGCAGUCAUGUUCCUCUUGUAUCACGUGGUAUUCUGUUUGGCCCAAGGAUCUGCCAUCAUUCGACCACACUCGAGUCGUCCAGUCUUGGGGAUCAUGGCCAAAAUGUCCACCUUGGGCAUUCUCGUGUCGGGACCCUUUUACAUUCUACGUCUAGGUCUGGACAUCCCGGCCUUGUACCCAUCCGUGGAUUUGUUUCUAGCGCCAUUCAUGGCCAAGGCGGCGGCCUCCAUUGACGAGUCCUUGGCGGGACGAUAUCCAGAUGGUGAGGACUAUCCAGAAGAGGCAUUCUUUGGAUCCUUUUGUGUCCUGGUGGGAAUCGGAAUGUUCUUGUCGGGUCUAUUUUUGCACUUGGGGGCUACGGUUAAAUUGGCCAAUCUCGGGGCAUUCCUACCAUACAGUGUCCUUUGUGGCUUCUUUUCGGCAGUCGGUGUACUACUGUGGGCAUUGGCCUUUACCGUCGAUACGUCGGGCAAGAACUGGAAGCAAGUCUUCUUUUCAGGAGAUUCGCAGUUGAUUUUGGAAUCCUUGAUACAUCAUGCGCCAAGUCUAUUCAUGGGCAUUGUGAUGAAUAUACUUGGACCCAAGAACCCUUUCUUUGUUCUAUUGCUUCUCUUUGUGACUUGGGGACUCUUUUAUUUGGUAAUGUUCCUGACGAAUACAUCGCUAACGCAAGCUCAAGAAGCGGAAUGGUUCUGGUCCAAGGAACAAUUAGUGGUAGAUCACGAUGCGAUUCCUUUUCGGGUGCAGCCACUUUGCGGAGUCUUUGCUAUAUUUAACCUUGAUGACGCUACUGUGGAUUGGAAGGCUGUUUGGGAUGGAUUGGAUAAUAUGGUGGCAUUGGCAUUUCUCUAUCUGCUGCGGUCCUCCAUUCAUGCAUCAGCUCUCAAGAAAAAUGUCGCCAAUCUUGUGCGCCGAGUGCCACAAAAAAAAGAGGAGGUUCGUGGACAAAAUCCGCAAGAAGACUCGGAAGCGGAAGACGAUGGGAGUGCCAUCACUUCGAAGAUGCUGCACUCGACGGUUCGAACCGGUACCAUGCUCGACAGUGUUCGUCAGACAGUGCAACAGGUGCAAUGGAGUCUUGCGGACGAUGCAAAGGAAAUUCCCAAUGCCGUGCUUUCCACUCACGGACCGGUCGAGCUCGAUCCCGCAAUUUUCGAACGGGAGGACACUGCUACGUACACAGAAGUCAGAGCAAAACCUACAAAGAGGACUCUGGAAGAAAUAUUCGUUGAAUACGGAUAUGUCUUGUACAUUGUCGCAUUAUUUGGAGGUUUCGGAUGCUGCCCAACAAUCUCAACAAGCAAAACGAUGUAUGCGAUUCGAGCGGACGGACUUGCACCACAAUUGGGAUCUAUCCUCUUGCUACUUGUGUUCUUUUUGACAGAUUUCGAUGUGGUUCAGUACAUUCCAAAGGCAGCGUUCUCUUCCUUGCUUGUGCUUGGAGCCGUGGAUACGCUCGCAGUUUGGUUCUUUGAUUCCUUCACAAAAACGUUGGAUGUCACUGAAUGGCUCGUGGUCCCUAGCAUUGUCGCUUUUUCUCUUGUGAUUGGAUUCUUGAACGCAGUACUGGUUGGAGUCGCAAUUUCUACGUUUGUCUUUGUUGGGGCAUUUUUCCGUGUUGGCAUUGUCAAGUUCCAAGCCACUGGAAAGGAAAUUCGUUCCCGGAUUGAACGGUCGAUGGAACAAUGCAUCGUGCUGAAUGAACAUGGUGACGAAAUGCAGUUUUUGGUGCUUCAGAACUACCUUUUCUUUGGGAACGCAGCAAAGCUUUGCCACUACAUCUUUACCAUGUUUGAAGACGUGGAAAUGGAGCUGGAAGAGAGUAAUACUGACAUUACAGUACCUCCGAUUCCGAAGGUUCUCUUGCUCGACUUUUCUCUGACUACUGGUCUCGAUACAUCCACCGUCGACAUUUUCAAUGACAUCAAGGAGAAGUGUGAGGAAAACGAUUGCAAACUAUUUCUGUGCGGAUUGACCACACGAAUGCGGAAGGCUUUGGCGCUGGGUGGCAUCAAACCGCAGGCACAUCUUUCUCGCAAGAUGCAGACCGUCCGUCUUUUCCCAGAUAUGGAUACAGGUCUGGGAAAGGCAGAAGACUUUCUCAUAUCACUGAACGCUCCCACGGUUCGUCCUGGUAGAACUUCGCCUGAAAUUAGUAGCGGCUUGUCUACGAAAGGAUUUCAGACCUGUCUGGAGAAGAUUGACGAACUUCACUGCCAGAACUUUGCCGAAUCCUUGGUGAAUUUGGAACCUUUUGUGGAGCCUUUGGAAUUGUCACCUGGUGCUGUUCUAUUUGAAUCGGAUGGUGGCGUCAUUCGAGACGAAGAGCGUGGUCUCUUCUUUAUUGAGGUUGGCACACUGAAGAUAUCCCGGGAUUCUUCAAUGUCCUUGACUCUCAAUCGAACUCGAAGCUAUGGGCACCUUGGCAGUGUUGGAGCUGGCAGUGGAUCUACUGGAACUAUUUCCAAACGCCAUGCGCGACUGCAAUCACUAGCCCGCUCGAUAGGAAAAUCCAGGCUCAAUGCGGAUGGCACAUCUUCUGAAAACUUUCGACUGGCUCGGAUUGGACCUGGAUGGGUGAUUGGAACCUUGGAGAAUGCCUCUGGAACCCAAUCUCCUGGUAUCUUCACUGCAAUGACUCGAUGUCGCCUUUAUCAUCUCCCAUUUACGACACUGCAAGAAAUUGAGAAAACAAACCCACUGCUAGUAUUACAACUCUACAAGAUGUUGUCUCAUCUCAUGGCGAAGAAGGAGGAAAUCACAUCGGAGCAUCUCUCUACACUACAUACUAUCAUGAGCUCGCAUGCGAAUCCCAAGCAUUUGAGCUCUCGAAUGAGUUCAUCGUCGUUAUCUCGGGGGCCUGGAUGA